AUGUACAGCUUCAUGGGAGGAGGGCUGUUUUGUGCAGGAGUGGGCAAUAUACUCCUGAUUGUUUCCACAGCAACAGAUUAUUGGAUGCAGUACCGUCAUUCAAACAACUACAUGCAUCAGGGGCUGUGGAGAUACUGCAUGCCCGGGAAAUGCUUCACACACACCGACAGCAUUGCAUACUGGGAUGCUACACGAGCGUUCAUGAUCUUGUCUCUGUUGGCCUGCUUUAUUGGCAUCAUCAUCGGUAUCAUGGCGUUCAUCCACUACUCAUCCUUUGACAGGUUUGACAAAACCUUUGCUGCAGGCAUUCUGUUCUUCAUCUCAUGCUUUUUUGUGUUUCUGGCCAUGGCUGUGUACACUGGAGUUACAAUAAAUUACUAUGGUAAACGCUACGGUAACUGGAGGUUCUCCUGGUCUUACAUCAUUGGCUGGGUGUCUGUUGUGCUCACUUUCUUUUCAGGAAUGUUCUACAUGUGUGCAUACCGGAUGCACGAAUGCCCCAGAAUGUCAAAUCCUCACUAG